AUGGCCAACGUGGUGCUCCCCUGCCUGCUCCUGGCUCUGCUGCUCCUGGCCCCGGCCCUGCCCGCGCCCCACGAGCGAGGGCUCAUCUUCAACUUGAGCCUCUAUGGAGUCUACUACAAGUGUCCCUGCGAGAGCGGUUUGACCUGCGACGCUGAUAAGACCCUCGUGGGCUCCAUCACCAACACCAACUUCGGCAUCUGCAAGGACCCCGGGGACACCA